AGCGGUGCCGCCGGGCGCUAUAACAACACAGCUCCUCCUGGCGCAGCCGCAUCCACCUGGAAGCGGCCGCGAGCCCCCGCCCGUUACCCCGCUCGGGAGUUCGCGCCCGCAAGCGGCGCUGCAGACCGGCGCUCGGCCGCCGCCAGCUGAACGUUCACAUCGCGCAUGCGCGCGGCCUCCUCUCUCCCCGCUCUCCGGCCCGGCGCCGCGCACGCGCAGCAGCCCCGCUCUCCCCCGCCAGCCCGCCAACAAUGCGGCACUGCCUGCUCCUAAAAUGGCGGCGCGGGCGGCCCCACGAGGGCCCCGCUACCUCCUUAUCGCCCGGACCCAGCCCCGCUGCUGCAGAUUAGCGCCGUUUUCCCAGAAUGUACUUGAGCUUCGCCCGGCCCUGCUCCGAGCAGCUCCCGAGAUGCGAUGGCAGGGCCGUGCACGCGCAGCUCUGCACGCCCAGCACUGCACAAAUGCAGCCUGCAGUCUCUUAAGGAACUCACAGCUGCCACGAUCCUGUCCGCCACAACAGCCCGCUUCACACUCACGCUCUGAAUUUUACGAAUCUUCUGCAGCAGCUGGAAAGUCUACACUUGUCAGGCUGCUGGAGAAGCACAGCGAUGAGUGGGAGGUGAUCCCCGAGCCCAUCGCCAAGUGGUGCAACAUCCAGACCAGUGAGGAUGAGUGCGAGGAACUUUCAACUUCUCAGAAGAGUGGAGGAAACCUACUUCAAAUGCUGUAUGAUAAACCUACAAGAUGGGCUUAUACUUUUCAGACUUAUGCCUGCUUGAGCAGAGUAAGGGCACAACUGAAACCCAUCUCAGCCAAGCUGCAUGAAGCAGAACAUCCAGUGCAAUUUUUUGAGAGAUCUGUGUACAGUGACAGGUAUGUGUUUGCUUCUAACCUGUUUGAAUCUGGAAACAUCAAUGAAACAGAGUGGACUAUCUAUCAGGACUGGCACACAUGGCUUUUAAAUCAGUUUCAAUCUGAAAUAGAACUGGAUGGCAUGAUCUACCUAAGGACCACACCUCAGAAAUGCAUGGAAAGACUACAGAAGAGGGGAAGAAAAGAGGAGGAAGGAAUUGACCUCGAGUAUUUGGAAAACCUCCACUAUAAACAUGAGACGUGGCUUUGUGAAAGAAGUAUGAGAGUUGAUUUUGAGAACCUUAAAGAGAUUCCCAUUCUUGUUUUGGAUGUUAAUGAAGAUUUUAAAAAUGAUAAAAUUAAACAGGAGUACCUGAUUGAUGAGAUCAAAUCUUUCCUGAUUUCUUAAGAAGAAUUAAGACCAACAUAAAUGCUUGGAACUCAAGAAUUAAACCAAACAACCACGUGGUCUUCGACAUUCUAGCUAAACUAGAUGUACUGUCAGUAUAACUUAUAAGCCUCAGAAAAGUAGUUUUGUUUGUUUGAACUGCGGUUUUCUAGAUAGACUUUACUGGCUAUUUUAAAGAAAAAUACAGAGUGCCUUGAUAAUGUAUUUCAUUUGUGUAUAUUCUCUACUCUUUAAUAAAGAUUUUUAAAAUAACACGGGCUGGUAACUGGCUCCAAGCACAGAGAAGUUAAGCGGUUAUCAGCAACUGACAACCGGUAAAUAUAGAUACCAGGCGCCGGGGCAGGGUUGUUUUGCAAUAAUUGGCAUAGUUCACCAUUUUAAGAUCAGACUGUUAUGGCGUCCAGAGCCUUUCCUUUCAACUUCUGCUUCAUUAAAUGGCUGUUUUCAAGGGAUUUACACUACUUAAGGUCAGGCAUUACUGCAGUCAGAAGGAUUACAC